AUGGAAUCUGUAACAAAAAUACCAGAACAGCUUAUAGUAUCUACUGUUGAAGGUCAUCGGCUGAGUAUAUUUGAUACACCUGCUUUUCAAUCAGAUGACUUUGAAAAUACCCGCUGUUUAAAUCGAUUAUUACUCACUUGCCAUAAAUUUAAUGUAAUUAUAUUCGUUCAAAAUAUUAUUAAUUAUCGAGUAAAUCCAACAUUAAUGGAAGAGAUUAAAGUAUAUAAAUAUGAUUUUGAUUUACCAAUUAUACUUGUGCGGAAUCAAGCAUCGCCCAAAACAAAACACAAAUUAAAGACAACAUGGAUUAAACAUGAUGAUAUUGAGACUUUAGUUUGUCGAAUGAAUAUGUAUAUUACUCGACGACCUUCACCAGAUCUCGACAAAGAAACAAGAUUAGGUCAACUGAAUGAAAGAGUACUACGGGUAGAGGCACUUAAGCGUUCAAAAUAUGCAUUAAUUCCUGUGGGUACUGCUGCAGUAGCAGCUGUUACUAUUGGUUUAUGUCCCGUACCAUUUGCUGAUGCAUUUCUCCUGAUUCCAACUCAGCUAGGUAUGUUUGCUGGCAUAUGUGCAGCAUUCAAACUAAAGUUCAAAAAAGGGAUGUUGAUAUGGUUCGUUGCUACUGGUUUAGGAUCAUUUGGACUCGAUUUUCGUGUUGCGAGAGUCAUUGUUAACAUAGUCAAAACCAUACCUGGAGCGAAUAUUCCUGCCAUGGCUAUAGAUGGUUCUAUCGCAUUUGUCUGUACGUUAGCAUUGGGUCUUGAUUUUAUAGCUGUAGCUGUAUUGCGACAUUUACAUAUCAAAGGCAUAGAUUUAUAUCGAAUGAACGAUGAUGCAAGAAAAAAAAUAUUGAAAGAUCUUAUUCAAGAAGAAGUCAAAAAGAAGUGCAAAUCAUUAUAUGGAAAGAACAAUGAUAAAAAUGUUUUACUAGAAGAACAACGACAGUUCGAUGAUAUUCCAAUGGCUAUUACGAACAGUGAAGCGUUUGAUAUUGAACAACUAAUGAAAAGAAAAGAGGAAGUUCUCAAGCAAGAAAAAUUGCAAAAAGCAGAAAAAUUAUGCAAAUUACAGGAAUUAAACCAUGAAAAUAAAACAAUAAAAGACGUUUGUCGUAUUUGUCUAAGAUGUACACCUAAUAUUAUCAUUCAACCAUGCGGGCAUUGCUGUAUAUGUGAAAUUUAUUAUAUUGAUCAUAAAACAAAAACAAAGUUUUGUCCAGAAUGUGGUGAAAAGAUAAUCUCUUUUUCAAAAUACACGAAAGAAAAGUUAGCCGUAGCAUUGAAAGAUGCUCGUCAUCCGCCGUCUGCUCACGCUAUAAUCGAAUCUUUACGCAUACCUUUUCCAAAGAACGGAGUUCCGUCAACAACAAUGGAAGAUAAACUAAUAUCUGUGAAAAAUACUUGCUCGUUGGAUUCUUCUCUGUUCCUACUUUACUAUGCGUAUACCACGAGCUGUGAAGAAUUUAGAAUGCUAUUUCAACGUGAUUCUCGCUCUGUAUAUAGCCAUCUCCGAAAGACAUUCUCGCUUGUUGAUAGUGAUGGUUGA